AUGCCUCCAAAGAAGAAGACCAAAAGCAACAACAUGACUUCCGAAGAUAGGCCAAGCCAUGGUGACUCAGAAUCAAGGCAACAUGCCUCAUCUAGAGAAGAAGAACGUACAAGUGAGGGAACUUUCACUCUCACAGACCUUUUUGCAGCCAUCCAUGCAAUGGGAGAGAAUCAAAGGGAGAUGGCAGAGACAAUCAAAGAGCUGAAAAGUUCAGCUGCUAAGCCAAGCGAAGAAAAUAAGAGACUUCCACAAGAUGAGUCUGAUGUCGCCGGAAAGGGGUCUGAACAGAAGGGGGCCAUCCUUUGUCACCCAAGAAGACGUCAUUACAAUACUGGAAAAAGAACUAAGUCAAAGCCAGGAGGAUUGGAAGUAUCUUCCUCAGCCGCUGUAUCCAUCAAGCUUACUUUAAUAGCCAUAUCCUAA